ACUGUCCUGACGGAUGUUGGUAACUUGGAAUCCGCUUUAGUCAUAGCUGAUAGCUCAGCUACCUUCUGCUGUUGCUGCUGCUGUUGCUGAAUUACAAUUGCAUACUGGCGUCAACUUGGGUUGUACAUAGUUAUAAAGUUUUUUAAGAUUGGUCGAUUCACCUUAAAAGAUGUCUAAGAAAUUGCCAGAUUAUAGCGAACCGUGCUACCCACAAAAUGCCUUUGUACAACCAAGUGCUCCACCCUGUUAUGAAGAGGCGAUCUCAAGUGUUCCACCUGUGAAUCCACCUCAAAGCAACAAUGUAGCUAUCAUCAGAACAGCCCCUGUAAUGGUUGGGCCAAAACCAAUCCAUACAACUUGUCCUAGUUGUGAAAAACGCAUUAAGUCAAGGACAACAAAGGAAAACAACGUGGGGAAAUAUUUAUGCUGCUUGUGUUUGCUUUUAUCAGGUAUUGGUAUAUUGUGCUCAUGCAUUCCACUCUGUGUAUGGAGUCCAGUGAAGACCCGCCAUUUUUGCCCUAAUUGCAAUGCCUUCCUUGGUAUGUACGUUUCUUAACUGAUUAUUACAUUCAGUGGACCACAGGUAAAAAUAUUAUAUAAAAAAAGAGAAAAAAAGUGAUGUAAAAGUGCUCUCAAAACGAGUAAUUUGGAAACAAAAAGUUGUGAUAACUGUAUUUACUUAGAGUUAAAUUGCGCGGUAGAUCAAAUUGUGUAUUGUUUAAUUAUAAUUGCUUUGAAAUUUUUAAACAUUAGCAUAUAUUUUUUAAAAGUGUGAACAUUUGUAUUAUAAAUAAGUAUGAUAUUGUAAUUUGUAAGUAAAAUAAAAACGGACAAAAAAUUUAAAAAAAUAUAUAUAUUUUUGAAGUGAACCUUCCUUAUGCUUGGUAGAAUAAAAUCAUUCCGCGUGACAAAAAAUGGAGCACUA